AUGUCCGGUUUUCAUCAAUUCCAAAAUGUAUACGGAAGAAGUCCUCCUAGUUCGAACCCAGGUUUUAGCUCCGGGGACUUCAUGCAGAACCAGGAUUCCAUUUCAAACCAACUCUUACUUUCUAAGGAUGUGCAUCAAAAACUUGCUUCCCUAGCUUCUACCUACCCUGUACAUGAUGAUCAACAAACUAAGAAGAUAUUUAUUCGAAGUACAACUACUAAGCCGCCCAUCGUUUGGUUUCCGGGAGAUUCAGAUUGCGGGGAUAGCGGGGGUCAAGAUGGAACUUUAGAUACAUUUCAGCUGAUAGCAUUCAUGCUUAGUGCUUUCAAUAUUGCCUCGCUUAUGGUGUCCAAUGUAAACAACAACAAUAACAACAACAACAUCAACGACAAUGAGCAGAAUGCUAAUGAUAAUAAUAUAAACGAAAGUAAUACAAAUGCGAAUGUGAUGUCGAUGGUGAUGGUUGGACUAGGCGGCAGAAAAUUAAAUGUUACAAAACGGAGUAUUCAGAACGAAGGACGAGUAAAAAGGAUUCUUCAGAGCUUGGAGAGAAUCAGGUCUCACCAAACCGGAACGGAGGAGGACCAGGAGAAUCUUAUCCCCGUCCUACAAGCUGGGAUUGGUCUGGUCUUUAGGAGUCAUCUCUCUCCGUCCCUAACAUGCCUGGAGAAACUGUUCUGUGAGGAGGGUGAGAAUAUGUCCCGACAGGGCGGGUUAUCCUAUGUUCUAGCCGAAGUGUUCCAUGUUGUUAUUGCAAAGAAUAUUCCUGGCCUAACCGAGGAGCAAAGGUUGAGGUUGAUGAGAGCUGGAGGAGAGGGAAGGAUGGGUGAACCCUGCUCCAGGUUCAAGGAUUGUGAAAAUAUAAACUGGAGUUUUAUCAAUAAUGCAGCUGAGUUCUCCACUAGUACUGUUGGAAACUAUAAACAUAUAUAUAACUUGAUUAACUGGGUUUAUAAUAAAAUAUGAAUUAUUUUA